AUGACCAACAACAACAACAACAACAACAGCGAGAUGUAUAAGCUUUUGAUGAUAGGUGAUUCAUCUGUUGGAAAGACAUCCCUAUUAUUAAGAUUCUCUGAUGGCACAUUCCAAGAAACAUCAGUUAACAUGACUAGUGUCGAUAAUAAAACAAAGAAUAUAACGAUAGACGGCAAGACUAUUGCUCUUCAAAUCUGGGACACAGCAGGACAGGAAAGAUUCAGAACGAUCACUUCAUCAUUCUACAGAGGUGCUCAUGGUAUCCUUGUCGUGUACGACAUGACCGAUCAGUCCACAUUCAACAACGUCAAGUUGUGGAUGCAAGAGAUUCAAAGAUACGGUGUCGUCGGUGUCAGCAAGAUGCUGAUCGGAAACAAGUUUGAUCUCGAUGAUAGGAAGAUCGUCUCUACGACCUCUGCUAAAGAAUACGCCGACUCUCUUGGCAUUCCAUUCUUGGAGGCGAGCGCCAAGACAGGAUUCAACGUAGACCAGAUAUUUUCGACGAUAGCCAACGAGAUAAACAAGGGACUCAUUGGCGGUGGUGCCAAACAAGGUGUUCAGAUCAAUUCCAACGCUACGAAGCCACAAAAACAAUCAAAGUGCUAG